CCUGGACGAGCAGCGGACCGCGGUGAUCUGGACGCGGACUGGGAUGUUCAGUUUGAUGGGGAACUGCUGCAACUGGCUGAAACGCUGGCGAGAGCCUGCCAGGAAAGUGACCCUGGUGAUGGUGGGCCUGGAUAAUGCAGGAAAAACAGCCACAGUGAGAGGAAUUCAGGGAGAAAACCCACAGGACGUGGCUCCCACUGUGGGCUUCUCCAAGGUCGACCUCAAGCAGGGUAAGUUUGAGGUGACCAUCUUCGACCUGGGCGGCGGGAAAAGAAUCCGGGGCAUCUGGAACAACUACUACUCUGAGUCACAUGGCGUUGUGUUCGUGGUGGACUCCAGCGACGUCCAGCGGAUCCAGGAGACACGCGAGACCAUGGCAGAGGUCCUGCGACACCCCCGCAUUGCAGGGAAACCUGUGCUAGUACUCGCCAACAAACAAGACCAGGAGGGGGCGCUGGCCGAAGCGGACAUAAUCGAGAAUCUGUCGUUGGAGAAGAUCGUUAAUGAGAACAAGUGUCUCUGUCAAAUCGAACCCUGCUCUGCUGUUAUAGGCUAUGGGAAAAAGGUGGACAAGUCCAUCAAAAAGGGUCUGAAGUGGCUCCUCAGCAACAUCGCCAAGGACUACGAGGCCAUCGCCGAGCGCGUGCAGAAGGACACGGCCGAGCAGCGCGCUCGGGAGGAGCAGGACAAGAAGGAGAGGGCGGAGAGAGUGCGACGGAUACGAGAGGAGAGAGAACAGCAGGAGCGUGAAGAAGCAGAGCAAGAAGGCAGGCCGAUCCAAGAGGAGGAAGGCGAUGAAGAGAGCAUACAAAGCCCCUUCCAGCCCAUACACAAUGUGCUUUCUAAGAAUGAGGAACAAGAAAGGGAGAGGAAGAAGCAGGGACGCCUGCAGGAGGACAGGACAGGAGGUUUGGAGCAGGAAGACGAGGAGGACAACGCUGACGAGCCAGACGACACGAGACAAACUCCAGAGAACACAACUUCUACAGGUGGGCAAAGCAAAAAGAAAACGAACAAGCUGCACCUGAAGAGGAAGCACAGGGUGGACCCUCUGAGGACAGAAGACGGGCCUGCAGAGAGUCCCACGCCUCCACCUCCUCCAGUUGGAUGGGCCACGCCCAAAGUGUCUAGACUGCCCAAACUAGAGCCACUCGGGGACUCGAGGCAUUCUGUGAGCAGCGUGUAGACCGCCCAACUGAACGGAGCCAGCGAUCAC